CUCCUCCUCCUGCCCGCCGGCGUCCCGAGGCUCGCAGUCCGACUCCGGCCGUCUCCACCGCGGGCGAGAUGCGGGCGCAGCUGCUGCCGCUGUUCCUGUUUGCCGUUUUCUCCGCGCUCGGCUCCUGCCUAGUCAGCCCCCAGGAAGAGGAAUUUCUCUUCAAGACAUGGAUGUCUCAGAACAACAAGCAGUACGGCCUGGAGGAGUAUCAGCGGCGCUUUCAGAUCUUCCUUAGUAACAAGCAGAAGAUUGAGAAGCACAAUGCUGCGAAUCAUACCUUCCAAAUGGGUCUGAACCAGUUUGCCGACAUGACAUUUGCUGAAUUCAGGAAAAAGUAUCUGUGGCACGAACCCCAGAACUGCUCAGCCACCAUUGGCAACUUCAUCAGCCGUGGUGGGGCCUGUCCAAAAACCAUAGACUGGAGGAAGAAAGGAAAUUUUGUGACACCUGUGAAAAAUCAGGGUCCCUGUGGCAGUUGCUGGACUUUCUCAACCACUGGGUGCUUGGAGUCUGCUAUUGCCAUCGCAACAGGAAAGCUACUGGACCUGGCUGAACAGCAGCUGGUUGACUGUGCUCAGGCCUUCAACAACCAUGGAUGUAGUGGGGGACUCCCUAGCCAGGCGUUUGAAUACAUCCUGUACAACAAAGGGCUGAUGGGGGAGGAUGACUAUCCAUACACUGCACAGAACGGGACCUGCAAAUUCCAAGGUCAGAAGGCCAUUGCAUUCGUCAAAAAAGUCGUUAACAUUACGCUGAAUGAUGAGCAAGGCAUGGUGGAAGCUGUGGGGAGGUACAAUCCAUUGAGCUUUGCCUUUGAAGUGACAGACGACUUUAUGUUAUACACGAAGGGUGUUUACACCAGCAAACACUGUGAGAAAACUCCAGACAAAGUCAAUCAUGCUGUCCUGGCUGUAGGCUAUGGAGAGGAGAAUGGCCUUCUGUACUGGAUUGUCAAAAAUUCCUGGGGCCCCUCGUGGGGCAUGGAUGGAUACUUCUAUAUUGAACGUGGAAAGAACAUGUGUGGCCUUGCUGACUGUGCAUCCUUCCCAGUCCCUCUUGUCUAAAGCUGUUCUGGAUUUUGGUGCCAGAGAACUGGUAGUGAUGGGUCACUAUGCUGAAAAUUGAAGCUGGAAUGAAGUUCAUAGGAGCCAAGAAGCGGGGCAAUUUAUCUUGUAAUGGAUUUUCAAGCACACAACUCCUCUACAUGUGUGUCUGAUACUGUGAAAAAGUUUUUGACCCAAGUUGCUGCACUUUCCUAGUUCCCUGUGUAUCUUGUUUUUCUAGCACAGUUGCUCACCUUAUCCAAAAUCAUGCUCCUUUUCUUAAGAUUUUCUUUAUUCCCUACCAUUCCCCUUGCACGAGCUCAGGGCAGCUCACACAAUCAUAAAAAUCCAGCACUAAAACCAAGAGUAAAAUCACAGUUUGCAACAAAAUCCAGUAAAAAUUAAUGUAUCACAGCCAGCAAUAAGUUAGGUAGGCCAAUUGCACUUAUGCUCUGAAGGCAAUCGGACAAAUUUUUAACUACUGUCUGAACACAGACCAACUGAAACAAGGUGGGGAAAACAAGUUCCAUAACUGGGGGCCAUGUGUACCUUUUACACCCUUAGAUAACUUGUUGUUGGGCUCAUUGCUUUGUCUUUGUGCGCCCCAACUCCUCUUUUUCUGCUUUCCAGAAACACCUCUUAGUGACUGACUUGAAAUCUGUUCUCUCCCUUUCAGCAAUUUCAGUGAGGCCUCAACCCAUAUGCCAAGAAAUGCUGAGUUCUGACCAAUUACUUUACACUAUUGUUGGUUAUCAGCUGCUUUCCCCCACUGCUGCCCCCCUCCCCGCCACAAGGGUUGAGUGUCUUUCUAGUAAAUUCAGCUGGCAUGUGGUAUAAUGCUCUGGAAGCCUUAGAGCAGGGGUCAGCAAAAUUUCUCAGCAGGGAGCCGGUCCACUGUCCCUCAGACUUUGUGGGGGGCCAGACUAUAUUGGGGAGAGGGGGAAAUGAACGAAUUCCUAUGCCCCACAAAUAACCCAGAGAUGCAUUUUAAAU